AAUUUCGAAUUUUCUCGGAGAAAAAAAAAUAAAAUCAAUCCUCGAGAUUCAAACCUGUGACGACGAAGCAGUUUCAUUUCACGUUUCUCAUCUAAUUUAAUCUCAAUACCCUUACAUUUGAAGCAAUCUGACACCACGAGAUCGAGGAGACAAAAAAAGAAAAUUAGGUUUUGAGAAAUUAAUCUCAUGAGGCGGCGAAGACGCGAUCGUGGGAGGUAGAUGGAAGUUAUUAGAUCAGAGACUAAUAAUCAGGCGCGGAGCGAUAAGCUUCCGCCUCCUGCAUCAUCUCCAGCUCCGAAGCCACGUGUACAAGUCUGGUUCGUAACAGUCUGCUCCACCAUUUUGAUUUGGACAUGUUUGGUUCAGCUUUUCGCGGCCGGUGAGCUUUGGCGUACACGGAUCUUCUUCACUGGUCAGGUUUCAAGAUUCUCUGCUCCUGUCGAGACGCUUCCUUUGCCUCCUCCUCUCCCUCCUCCGAGAAACUAUACAAGUAAUGGGAUUCUACUUGUGUCUUGUAAUGGCGGACUUAAUCAAAUGCGAUCUGCGAUUUGUGAUAUGGUGACUGUUGCUCGGUUACUUAAUCUCACUCUCGUUGUUCCUGAGCUUGACAAGACUUCUUUUUGGGCUGAUCCAAGUGGGUUUGAGGAUAUUUUUGAUGUUAGACAUUUUAUUGAUUCGUUAAGAGAUGAAGUUCGGAUCUUUAGGAGGCUUCCUAAACGUUAUAGUAGCAAGUAUGGGUACCAGAUGUUUGAAAUGCCUCCUGUUAGCUGGUCUGAUGAGAACUAUUACUUGAAGCAGGUGUUGCCGCUUUUCAGUAAACAUAAGGUUGUGCAUUUCAAUAGGACAGAUACUCGUCUAGCAAACAAUGGUCUUUCGCUCCCACUCCAGCGGCUUAGGUGUCGGGUGAACUUCCAGGGACUAAAGUUUACUCCACAGCUUGAGGCUUUAGGGUCUAAGCUAGUCCGUAUUCUACAGCAAAGAGGGCCCUUUGUGGCUUUGCAUCUGAGAUAUGAGAUGGAUAUGUUAGCUUUCUCUGGUUGUACUCAUGGUUGUAGUCUGGAAGAAGCUGAAGAGCUGAAAAAGAUGAGGUAUACAUAUCCCUGGUGGAGAGAGAAGGAGAUAAACUCAGAGGAGAGGAGGGCGCAAGGGCUGUGUCCUCUGACUCCAGAGGAGGUGGCAUUGGUUCUAAAAGCAUUGGGAUUCGAUAGAGAUACACAGAUAUACAUUGCAGCUGGUGAGAUUUAUGGGAGUGAGCAUAGAUUGUCUGUUCUAAGGGAAGCAUUCCCGAGAAUUGUAAAGAAAGAAAUGCUAUUGGAGUCGUCAGAGUUGCAACAGUUUCAGAACCAUUCGUCUCAAAUGGCAGCUCUAGAUUUCAUGGUAUCCGUGGCCAGUAACACUUUUAUUCCCACGUAUGAUGGAAACAUGGCAAAAGUGGUGGAAGGUCAUCGGAGAUACCUUGGUUUUAAGAAGACGAUCCUGCUUCACCGCAAGAGACUCGUGGAGCUACUGGAUUUACAUACCAACAAGACCCUCACGUGGGAUCAGUUUGCAGUAGCUGUGAAGGAAGCACAUGAGAGACGAACAGGAGCGCCUACACAGAGAAGAGUAAUCUCGGACAAACCAAAGGAGGAAGAUUACUUCUACGCUAACCCUCAAGAAUGUCUUUGUGAAGGUACAAUUUGCCACGACCUGUUUGGCCAUAGAAACUCCAGUUUAACACGUUGAAGUCACAUUUCUUUUAGCAUACUAUCUCAUUGUUUCUGCAAGAGGACGGGAAAGCCAAAACCCUUGAAAUACGAGAGCUGCAUAGUAGUUCCUUCCCUGAGUUUUUUUAUUCCCAUUUUUGUUUUGUAACUUUUUUCAGUUUUUUUUUUUGGUUUCUGCAUAGUUGCUGAUCUUGAUUUAUUUGUUUUUACGUAAGUUAAGAUGUAACUAAAAACAAGAUUAUGUAUCUCUCAUCUUAUAGAAAAUAAAUUUCAAAAAAAAGGCCGC